AUGUACCGUCUUUUUCUGUCAUCAGAAGGGCUUCAGAAACAAGAAGAGAUCGAUCGGCAUCGACAACAAACUCAGCAUCGACAACAAACUCCCGUAGUCUCAAUCGGUCGCCGAUCAAUUCGAUCGGCAUCAACAACAGGAGUUCGAUUAUGGGUGCUCAUUAAAUCGAUUAUUAUGGUUUUCCUUCGCAAGAACCUAUACACGUGUGUGAAUUGUGGCGAAGAGUAUUUGUUAGACAAUAAUCAUUGCACGGGAUGCGGGCAGGAUUGGUGUCCUAGUUGUGCUACUUGGUGGGAUGAGGGUCGCGACUAUUGCUAUUCAUGCCGAGAAGGGGAUGAAGCAGGAGGAGGCGACGAAGAAGAGGAUGGGACGCAGAGUAAUCCUAUCGAUUUGGCCGAUGAGAAAGAAGAAGAUGAGGAAGAUAACCUUGUUAAAAAUUAA